UAGCCACUCUCCUUCUCCACCUUUUCUUCUGCAAGAAUAGCAUCUGCUUCCCCCAGAUACACCAGCAAACAGCCCUAAUCCUGCUUUACCACACUCAACCAUCUGCCGUUGUCCUGGGGCUGGGGAGCAGAAACAGAACCCUUGGGGAAGUUCUGGAUUGACCAUCAGCAGAAAUCUAUUUCCCAAACUAUUCCUCAAGGCCACUGGACUUGCAGCAACUUCUGUAAUUUCUUACCCUUUCUCUAACACCUGUCACCCUACUUACCCCCCGCCCCCCAUUAAGAACUAACAAGAUAUCCACUGGCUUCAGCUGGCAUCCGUGGAGAGCGAAGCACUUCUAAAGGUCAAAUUCCACUGACCUGAGAGAGGCUGGCGCUUUGGCAGGACCAAGGUACCGCGUGAGGGAAAACCGAAACACAGAAAGGGCGCCGGCGGAGCUAGACAAUUCCUGAGAUCUCUCAGCAGGAAGAGAGCCCAGGACGCCCUUCAUCCUCUGCAAACCGACAGGGUACGAGGCCGAUCCCCGCCCCCAAGGCCGUCGGAUCACCAGCUCCCGCCGCAGGCGCCCAGCCCACCUAGGGAGCCCGCGGGCGCGGCGCCCCGCCCCGCCCACCUACCUGUGCGCCUGCGCCCCCGCGCUCCCAAGGUCAGCCCCGCCCCCCGCCCUCGCCUCGCACCCACGGAAGUAGCUUCGGAGGACGCCUUGCGUCUCCUCGUCUACUGCGUGGCGUGGGGUCGCCGGCGGUCAGGAGAGGGAGGGACUUCCUGUCCCGCGCGGGCAGGACUUCCGGCAGAGCCGGAAGACCUCUUCCCUCGCGCUUUGGAGAGAUCCGACCUGCAGGACCUGGAGGGGAGGUUCGGGACGCUGCCGGCGACUCUAGCGUGUCCGUCUCACGACCUGUUCGUGGCGUUAUGGGUGUGAUAGGUAUACAGCUGGUUGUUACCAUGGUGAUGGCCAGUGUCAUGCAGAAGAUUAUACCUCACUAUUCUCUUGCUCGUUGGCUACUCUGUAAUGGCAGUUUGAGGUGGUAUCAACAUCCUUCAGAAGAAGAACUGAGAAUCCUUGCAGGGAAGCAGCAGAAAGGAAAGAGUAAAAAAGACAGAAAAUAUAAUGGUCACAUUGAAAAUAAGCCACUAACCAUUCCAAAAGACAUUGACCUUCAUCUAGAAACCAAGUCCGUUACAGAAGUAGAUACUCUAGCAUUGCAUUACUUUCCAGAGUACCAGUGGCUGGUUGAUUUCACAGUGGCUGCUACCGUUGUGUACCUAGUGACUGAAGUGUAUUACAGUUUCAUGAAGCCUACACAGGAAAUGAACAUCAGCUUAGUCUGGUGCCUCCUGGUUCUGUCUUUUGCAAUCAAAGUUCUAUUUUCAUUAACUACCCACUAUUUUAAAGUAGAAGACGGUGGUGAAAGGUCAGUCUGUGUCACCUUUGGAUUUUUUUUCUUCGUUAAAGCAAUGGCAGUUUUGAUCGUAACGGAGAAUUACCUGGAGUUCGGGCUUGAAACAGGGUUUACAAAUUUUUCAGACAGUGCGAUGCAGUUUCUUGAAAAGCAGGGUUUAGAAUCUCAGGGUCCUGUUUCCAAACUUACUUUCAAAUUUUUCCUGGCUAUUUUCUGUUCACUCAUUGGGGCUUUUUUGACAUUUCCUGGAUUACGGCUGGCUCAAAUGCAUCUGGAUGCCCUGAAUUUGGCAACAGAAAAAAUUACACAAACAUUACUUCAUAUCAACUUCUUGGCACCUUUAUUUAUGGUUCUGCUCUGGGUUAAACCAAUCACCAAAGACUACAUCAUGAAUCCACCAUUGGGGAAAGAAAGUGUCCCUUUAAUGACAGAAGCCACAUUCGAUACCCUGCGACUCUGGUUAAUAAUCCUGUUAUGUGCUUUGCGUUUGGCCAUGAUGCGAAGUCACCUGCAAGCAUAUUUAAACUUGGCCCAGAAAUGCGUAGAUCAAAUGAAGAAAGAAGCAGGCCGAAUAAGUACAGUUGAGCUACAGAAAAUGGUGGCUCGAGUCUUUUAUUACCUCUGUGUCAUUGCCCUGCAGUAUGUGGCACCGCUGGUAAUGCUGCUUCACACAACUCUGCUUUUGAAAACACUAGGGAAUCAUUCCUGGGGGAUUUAUCCGGAAGCUGUGUCUCCCUCGCCAGUGGAUAGCUUCCCUUCCAACUCCAUCUACUCUGAACUGCCGUCAGCUGACGGGAAGAUGAAGGUGACUGUUACACAGAUCACGGUGGCACUGAGCAGCUUAAAGACCAUCUUCACCCCUCUCCUUUUUCGAGGACUUCUGUCAUUUUUGACAUGGUGGAUUGCUGCUUGCCUCUUUUCUACAAGCCUUUUCGGGCUUUUCUAUCAUCAAUAUCUGACAGUGGCAUGAAUUUCAGUCAAAAACGGAUAUCCAAGUCACACUUUCAAUUCAGAUAUUUGUGCCCUUGAAGGGUUGACAAAAGAAGAAUGCAAAUACAAAGGAGAAAAGGAA